AUGCCGACGGCAGUGGCUGGUACUGAAAGGUUGGGUGUGAAGUCCGAUGUUGCUGGAGAGGACGAUCAUAUCCCGGACCUCCCGCCGCCGGCGCAUCCUCCGAAGACAACGCCGGUUAUUGAUGGCGAUGAUAAAGUGAGUGUUGGUGGCGUUGGAACGGGCGAAGAUGCGGAAGGGUCCGAUGGGAAGGGGACAGGGUUGGCAGCAGACGAUGAGGAAGAGGAAGAGCCUCUUAACUCGGGAGAUGAUGUGAGCGAUGAAGAGCCUGAGUCUCUUUUUGAGUCAGACAACCUUGUUGUUUGUCAGUACGAGAGAGUUAGUCGGUCACGAAGCAAAUGGCGUUUCUGGCUUCGCGAUGGAAUUAUGAAGAUUCGGGGUCGCGAUCAUCUCUUUCAGAAGCUUAUAGUGGAGGCUGAUUGGUACUUUGAUGUUUAUUUAUGGCUUUUAAAUUUCUUUCUUAUGGUGAUAUGCGAAUUUUGUGCAUCAAUAUAG